CACUGGCUCAGUUGAAGUUCUCUGUUUAUUUUUGAUUAGCUGACGCUUUCUUCAAUUUUUUGUUUCAAAUUUGUUAUAAGUAUUGCUGUGUUUUAAAAUUCUCAGUUUCUAUAAAACUUGAGAACAUGGAAAAUCCAACUCAUUCACACCAGGGUGAUCGGGAGAAAUCUGAAAAAGUAAAAAUUGCUAACCAAGCCAAGCACAUACCGAAGGAUGCACAAGUAAUAAUGUCUAUUUUGAAAGAACUUGGUGUCACUGACUACGAACCAAGAGUUAUCAAUCAGCUAUUGGAAUUUACAUACAGAUACGUAACUUGUAUUCUGGAUGAUGCAAAAGUAUUUGCUAACCAUGCCAGAAAAAAGGUGAUCGAAUUGGACGACGUGAAAUUAGCCACUCAAAUGAUACUUGAUAAGGCAUUUACCAGUCCGCCUCCACGAGACGUUUUGUUAGAGAUAGCACGUAACCGAAAUAACAUACCGUUGCCGUUGAUCAAAACUCACUGCGGUCUUCGCUUACCGCCAGAUCGUUAUUGUUUGUCGGCUUGCAACUACAAACUGCGUGCUGCUCAACAAGCAAAAAAAAUGACAAAGUCCGCAAUCGAAGGUCGCUCAUCAAUAAAAACAGUUCCUGGAAAGAGCAUAGGAGGAGUGUCCGGCGUGAAACGACCGGCUGUUCAAUCCACUGCAAAAACACAAGUUGUGGCGAUACCUAAGCCAGUGUUCAAAUUUACCACUGCAGCGAAAACAGCUAUCCCGAAGGCCAUUAAAAAUCCAAAUGUUGGUGUUGAUGGCCCAAACACAAUAGAGAUCAAAACUGAAAUUGAAGAUCCACUGUCUUUCGGGAUGAGUGACACGGAUACCGGAAGUUCAAAACGAAAACGAGAGGAAGAUGAUUUCGAAAUAGUUCAAUAAAUCUGGAUUCCAAAUCAUAUCGAAUUGAAUAUACACUUUUUGUCAGCUUAA